UUUUGUGAAAUUCUCAAAUCAGUAAAGUCUCCGGAUGGUUACUCUGCUAACAUUUCAAAUAAUGUCCAAGUGCAAGAGCGAAAACUCUUAGGUCUGAAGACCCAUGAUUAUCACGUUCUUCUCCAUCAAUUGCUUCCUGUUGCAAUCCGUAACAAUAUGGAUAAAGAAGCGUCGAAGAUUAUUAUUGAGUAUUGUGGGUUUUUCAGAAAAUUAUGCUCUAAAGUCAUAGAUGUAGAUGAAUUUAAAAAACUUGAAGCUGAGGUCCGAGUUACUCUAUGCAAUAUGGAAGUAAUAUUCCCUCCUUCUUUUUUUACGGUUAUGGUCCAUCUUACCCAGCAUCUUGCAAGAGAGGCUAGAAUCGCCGGACCUGUUACUUAUCGUUGGAUGUAUCCGAUUGAGAGAUACUUGGGCUCCAUGAAACAUAAUGUUCGCAAUCGAGCUCGUCCAGAAGGCUCGAUAGCUGAAGGAUACGUGGCAAAUGAAUGCUUUAUUUUUGCAUCACGUUACAUGCGCCAGAAGAAAACCACGGCUCAAGUACCAGAUAAGGAGAGAAAGCGUGAAAAAUAUCCGAGAUCUCUCUUAGAACAAAUUCAUGCAUAUGUGCUGGAAAACCUUGAUAUGUUCGCAGACUAUCGAAGGCGACAUUUGGAGAAGCUUAAGAAUGAAACAACCGGUAGGAAUGCAGCGCAUAAUAUUCAGAAAAGACAUAGGAAAGAAUUUUCUGAUUGGUUAAGAUUUGAUGUAAGUAUUUAACAAUUAAUUUAUGAACAUUCAUAAUAUAACAUCCCCUAAAUAUUCUGAAAUUUUUUGUCUUAGGUUGAUAAAUCACUUCUUGAUGGUACUACGUUACCAGAUGAAAUUAUUAUACAUGCACAACGCCCUUAUUAUGAAGUGAGACGUUAUAAU